AUGACAAAAAAGGAUAGUCAUAAUGAAAAUAUAGCUCAUUAUCUUCCGCAUCACUGCGUAAUUCGAACUGAAAGCUUGACCACAAAGUUAAAUUAUCUAAAGGAAAUAAAGGUAGAUCGACGUGUAACUUGCAAAAACUAUAAGCAUUUGGAAUUACAUGCAUUUGCGGAUACAUCACAAGAAGCAUAUGGUGCAUGCGUUUACAUAAGAACAAUAGAUGCACAGAGCAACGUAGCAGUACACUUACUAUGUGCAAAAACAAGAGUAGCUCCACUUAAAUCACAAACAAUUCCCAGAUUAGAGCUUUGUGCAGCUGUCAUACUAGCGCGAUUGCUUAAAAAGGUUAUUGAAUCUCUUAACGCGUCAUUCGACAAGAUCAUAUGUUGGAGUGAUUCUACUAUUGUGCUUAGCUGGUUAAGGAUGCAGCCAAAUAGGUUUCAAGUAUUUGUAUCAAAUCGUAUUUCCGAAAUACAACAAGUAACAAAACGAUUUAUAAAUAAUUGUAGACAUCGGGACAAAUCUAGAAUCGGCACACUCACAGUCACAGAGCUGAGAGAUACACAGCACAUAUUCGCAAAACUAGCUCAGGAACAAUCUUUCUCAGUCGAGAUCGAAAUCCUAAAGAGGGAUAAACAGGUUACAAGGGGGAAGCUAUCUCCACUCAACCCUUUUAUCGAUGAGGAAGGUCUUAUACGUGUCGGUGGUAGGCUAAAAAACUCUGACUUCACGAUAGAUAAGAAACACCCCAUAGUUUUAGCCGCGGAGCAUAAAUUUACAAAAUUGCUUUUCAAUAGAAAACAUUUGCGACUGCUGCAUGCCGGACCACAAUUACUCUUAUAUUCUAUACGUGAACAAUUUUGGCCGCUAGGAGGCAGGAAUUUGGCUAGAAAAACUGUGCGUAACUGCAUUAAAUGCUUUAGGAACAAACCAAGACAGUCUCCGAUACCGAUGGGAGAAUUACCUAGUUCACGUAUAACUAUGACUGCACCGUUCCACGCUGCAAGUGUUGAUUAUGCUGGCCCCUUUUUAAUAAAGGAUAGAAAGGGGAGAGGGUGUAAAAUUUCUAAAGCAUUUGUGUGUUUGUUUGUCUGUCUGGCUACAAAAGCGGUGCAUCUUGAGUUGGUGUCGGACUUGAUAUCAGAAACCUUCAUCGCUGCGCUCGGACGCUUUUCUUCAAGGCGCGGAAAACCCGCGCACAUAUAUUCCGACAAUGGAACCAAUUUCGUCGGAGCUAACAAAGAAUUGAAAGAAUUAGCUAAAUUCCUCUUAAACGAAACUGAGGCGAUCGAACAAGUGGCUGGUAAGAUAGGUAUUGCAUGGCACUUUAUUCCCGCCUAUUCACCACAUUUUGGUGGAUUGUGGGAGGCGGGAGUAAAGUCGAUGAAACAUCACUUAAAACGAGUUGCAGGUAAUGCAGUUCUUACAUUUGAUGAAUUUUAUACACUUUUGGUGCAAAUUGAAGCAUUAUUAAAUUCGCGGCCGUUGACUCCAAUGUCCUUAGAUCCCAAUGAUUUAAUCCCACUUACACCCGCUCACUUUCUUAUUGGUCGGACAUUCACGUCAGUAGUGGACCCUGCACUAACUCACCUUCCAGACUCCAGGUUACACAGAUGGCAGUUAAUUCAGAAGCUGCAGCAGCAUUUCUGGCAACGUUGGAGCAAAAAUGUCAAGGCAUUCGAAGAGGAAAUGAUGGUCAUAAUCAAGGAUGACAACCUAUCGCCCUUCAAAUGGAAACUUGGACGGAUUGUUUCCGUUCAUCCAGGCAAGGAUGGUGUAGCAAGAGUUGCCACUGUAAGAACAACUACAGGAAUAACAAAAAUUACAACUGCGAAACUAUGUUCACUGCCAAGAGAAGACUGUAUUAAUACUUAA